CUUCAAAGCUUGCACUCGACCAUCUUGCGCUCAACUUUCCUCUCAUACAAAGGCCGUCGAUAUGCCGCCGAGGACCACCGAGCAUCAACCGCUCCUCCCACGAGCGGCCGAAAUGGCACGCGAAGUGACUCGGUCAAACUGGGAGGACUUUAAAGAAUUCAUCAAUCGUGGCAAAGUAGUUGACUUGGCCGUUGGUAUUGUCAUUGGUGCAUCAUUUUCUUCCAUUGUCACUUCCUUGGUGGACGAUCUCUUGUCCCCUAUCCUAUCUUUGGUUGUGGGCAAUCAGCUGGAAGAUGCGUUCAUUCUUCUGAAGGCCCCUGAUAUGAAUUCGGAAGCGUGCAAGCAACAUGAAGAAUUGUGUCUAGAUCCAAAGACCCCACAGCAGGCACAUGCAGUCGGUGCAAUUACGUUCAACUACGGGCAUUUUAUCCAACGUAUCAUCAAUUUCUUCCUUAUCGCAGUGAUACUAUUCUUUCUCAUAAAGGCAUACACAAAGCUUUUGCACAAAGGAUCCAAGUUCUUGAAGAGAUAUCGGGAUUGUCCUUGGUGCUUAGAAGAGAUUCCCGAGAAAGCCAGGAAAUGUAAAUAUUGUGGAAGCGAGGUAGUGCCAUUAAACCAUGGUGUGGAACUCGCCAUCGACCGCCCUCCUCCUGGAGUAGCGCAUUGACUGAUUUCGUGUUCAAUGUGGGUAGAUUGCAAGAAUAGCAUGUACAUAGGCGAAAGAGAGGGUCUUGGUUGGUUCAUUUUAGGGAAAGUUUAGAACCAAGGUUGAUGGCCAUAGCCGUUAUUUCGUGUGUAUCUCAUUGCUUAGGCGUCGGCAAUAAACGAUUACAUCGCCUCUUCUUCGUGGA